AUAAAUAAAUCCAUCCAUUGUACGCAUCGACUUCGUACUCUCUCUCUCUCUCUCUCUCUCUCUCUCUCUACAUCCUCACUCAACCUCAGAUAGGGAUUCUCUUCUCGAUUUGUCCUUAGGGUUUCCUCUUCAUUUUGAAAAAAGCUAUGGAAGAACUUCAAUCUCCGAUCGACAAACAGACCAUGGUCUCCUCCUUCCUUGAGAUCGCCGUUGGCCAGACCACCGAUACCGCCAAACAGUUCUUACAGGCCACAAGUUGGAAGCUCGAGGAAGCUAUUCAGCUCUUUUAUGUUGGAAAUGAAGGUGUCAUAGCCACUCCAUCUGCAUACUCUUCACCGUUAGAAAAUGACAGACCUCGGGCUGAUCAGAGUUCAGGUGGCAUGAAAGAGGACAUUGUUGACGGAAACGCCGGACAAGAUGACAUAGACGGAGUACGGGCACCUAUACCUGUAAAAAGGGAGGUUCUUUAUGACAAUGCAAUGCUUUAUGGACCAAGGAUGGGAUAUUCCACACAUGAAGCUCAUUCAGUUGUUCCUUUCCGCAAUUUCAAUGAGGAAAUGAAACGUGCGGGGGUUUGGGAUCAAGGAGGCACAUCUGUGGGUGAUAGUUUGCAAGAUAAUCUUGCUUCUUUAUAUCGCCCUCCUUUUGCUCUGAUGCACCAUGGACCCUUUGAAAAGGCAAAAGAUGCUGCUAAAUUCCAGGACAAAUGGUUCCUUGUAAAUGUGCAGUCCACCAAGGAAUUUAGCUCACAUAUGCUUAACCGUGACACCUGGGCAAAUGAAGCUGUUGCGCAAACUAUCAGUAGUAAUUUCAUCUUCUGGCAGGUAUAUGACGACACAGAAGAGGGCAGGAAGGUCUCUACCUACUACAAAUUAGACUCUUUUCCGGUGAUUCUUGUCAUUGACCCUAUCACAGGGCAGAAAAUGCGUUCAUGGCGUGGGAUGGUUCAAGCUGAGAGUUUGCUGGAGAAUCUAUUACCAUUUCUGGAUGGAAGUCCCAAGGAUCAUCACGUCAGUCUAUCUCAUAAACGUCCAAGAGAGGGUUCUCAGACUCCAGCCCACAAAGUACCAGAGGCUCCAGUAGCUGCAGAUGCAACUAAUGAAGAGGAUGAGGAACUGUUACAGGCUUUGGCAGCUUCUAUGGAAGGCACGAAAGAUGCUAUUGGAGGAAUCACCACAAUAGACAAGGAUGUAACUGAUGGAGAAAAGGAAGAAGAACAGAUGCCCCCACCAAAGAAAGCGACAUACCCACCGCUUCCUGAAGAACCCACGGGUGAUCGGAAUCUACUUUGCAGGGUUGGAGUUCGUCUUCCUGACGGUCGCAGGCUUCAGAGGAGCUUCUGGCGCACUGAUCCUAUAGAAUUGCUAUGGUCAUUCUGCAGCACUCACUUGGAAGAAGCUGAGCAACGGCCGUUUCGCUUGACACAGGCAAUCCCAGGAGCAUCAAACGUUCUUGACUAUGAUAGCAAAUUGACGUUUGCCGAGUCGGGGCUUGCUAACUCGAUGAUUUCUGUUACAUGGGAAUGAAGAAAAUCGUGCAGUUGUGUUGUUUCAAGAAUGUCGGGAUACUGCUACAAUCUUGCGUUGAAGUAUAUUUUGGUUUCAACUGCUGGAGUCGUAUUUCCUUGUUUUCGCUAUGGUUCUUUUGUUUGUUACUUUAAAAUGGAAUCCCUUGAAGCAGAAGGGCGUAAGGAACCAGUGAGUCAACAAGAUGAUAUUUAUUUAUCUGUAUAUAUGCCGUGUCCGGACAUGGAACUAAAUUAUCAAGGUUCUUAUGUUUUGAAA